CACGUCUGCGGUCUGGGUGGGGGGAGCAGCGGGUGGCAGUGACGGUGAACACGGGCCAGCGCCGAUCUCGGAGAAUUUAUCGCAUACUCUGUCGCGCGAACGCCGAUAACGCGUUUAUUUAUUUUAUACACACACAUACAUAAACAUUAAUAUAUACGUCUAUAAUAACAACAAAAUUUGAAUGUUUAAUAUUUUUAAAUUAAAAAUAAUUCAUCAUUAUAUACAUUAAACAAUUUAACGAUAAUUCGAGUUUUCUUGUGAAUGCGUAUACGUACAGUGUUAAAUUACUUGUGUGUGUGUGUGAAUGCGUGUGUGUGUGUAUGUGAUAUAGACAAGACGGUCAAGACCGUGUAGUUGGUAUCCUUCGUUCAGUGGCCUAUUGUGCGUUAGUUGUGUGGUCUCACGGAGGUGUCUAAACGACGAAAUGUUGCCAGGGUGUACGUGACGACCACUUUAUCGCCGUUGGUUGAAUUCAGGCGCACAAAAUGCAGCCGGCAAAUAGGUAAAAUUUAAACAAAACAGUCAAAUCGCCGUCGGUUUACGUUGUGCCAAAACGUUAACAAAAACGGUUGAAGCAGAGUUGAUACGACGGAGGCAGCAGCAGAUUAGAGCGGCUGCUGUUAGAUGCAGGUGGCCACUUUGUUUCGGGAGUCGGCCACUCUGCUCGGAGCCGCAAUGGAACCUGGCUCGUCAUCAGAUGGUUCAUCUGCUAUAAAACAGCCCAAUAGUUACAACAAUUGUGAUAUUAACAUUGGUCAACAAUCCCAAAAUCAACAAACAUCUGUUAAACAAGAAUCAACCUGUGCUGAUGACGGUUAUGAAACCAGUGGUGGAGGUAAUGAUGCUGAACAGGCAGCAGCUAAACAUUCUGCUGCAGUAGCAGUUGCAGCACAACAGCAUCAUAAUAAUAUGAUGAAUCAAAUACCACAGAUGCAUCAUCAUCAUCAACAGCAUAUGAAUACUCAUAUGCAUCCACAUCACCAUAGCCAUGAUCAUCACCACCAUCAAAUGAAUAAUAUACAACCACAUCAAAUUAAAUAUGAAAUGCCUGAUGAUCCAUAUAGUUUUGUUGAUGAAGAAAUGCAACAUCAUGGACAGCAACAAAAUAUACAAUAUACUGAUGAAAUAAUGUUACAACAUAUGCCAAAGAAACGGGGAAGAAAGAAAAAAUUCAAGCCAGACGAUCAGAUGGGUUUACAAUGCUUAAACCCUGAUCAAGCUUUUGGAAUUAUGCAACAUAUGAUGCCAAAAGACAAGUCUUUAACAAACCCUUCUAAAGUUUAUAAAGAAAGAAAGAAACAUGACCGCUUUAAUGGAAUGCCAGAAGAAGAAGUCUCUAAACGAACGUUACCUGAUCAUUUAACUAAUAAUUUGGAUAUUGUAAUAAUUGGUAUCAACCCUGGUUUAUUUGCUGCAUAUAAGGGUCAUCAUUAUGCAGGUCCUGGAAAUCAUUUUUGGAAAUGUCUGUAUUUGUCUGGUCUAACACCAGAACCUAUGACUGCUGAUGAUGACUACAAACUUCUGCAAAAUGGUAUUGGUUUUACUAAUAUGGUAGAACGUGCUACUAAAGGCAGUGCUGAUCUCACUCGAAAAGAAAUUAAAGAAGGAAGUCAAAUUCUCCUUGAAAAAUUACAGCGGUUUAAACCAAAAAUUGCUGUCUUUAAUGGAAAGCUUAUUUUUGAAGUAUUUUCUGGGAAAAAAGAUUUUACAUUUGGUCGUCAACCAGAACUAGUAGAUGGGACGAAUACGUACAUGUGGGUAAUGCCCUCAUCAAGUGCUCGAUGUGCUCAACUACCAAGAGCUGCUGACAAAGUACCAUUUUAUGCUGCUCUCAAGAAGUUUCGAGAUUACUUAAAUGGUUUAGUAUCUGAAAUAGAUGAUAGUGAAGUAGUAUUUUCUUUUACAAAACUGAAAAAUUAUUAUGAACCAGAAAUAAAAGAUGAACCAAAAGAUGAAGUUCCAUCUGUAUAUUUUAACAAUUACAAUACUUUAGUAGAUAGUCAAGAUACAUUAGAAAAUAUGUCUGAUAUUAAAGAAGAACCACUUGUAGUGCAAAAAAAGAAGAGAGGUCGACCUAAAAAAAUCAAGAACAAAGAUGGAUUGCCUGAAGAAGUAAAAGUUAAACGACCAAAACCUCAAAUAAUUGAAGAUAGAGAAGGCGUACCUAAAAAGAAAAGGGGUAGACCCAAAAAAAUUAAACCUGAUUCAAAUCAGUUACUGCCAACUAAUAAUAUUGCUCCGCCUGUAUUACCUUGUGAACAUAGUAAUCCAUCAACACAAUUAUCAAAUUGUUUCUCUCCUCCUAUACAAUCUCCAAUGAAUUUAUCUCAGUUGUAUGGGGGAAAUAAUGUAAUUAACAAUAUUUAUAACAAUCAAAGCUCUUCACACUCACCUGUAUCUAAUGGAGGUAGUGUAAAUAACAAUACCACAUAUCAUCGUUCUCCAAUACAAUCACAACAACAUAGAUAUUCACAAUCUCCACAAGCCCCUUCAUUUACACAUUCUGAUUUAUCAUCAGAAAUCAGUGCAGCUAUUUCUUCAGAACAUAAUUUAGGGUCACGAUCUCCAGCUUCACCUAAUCUAGGACCACCAGAUUUUGAACCACCUACUAGUUUACUAGCAGAGGAUAAUAGUCCUCAUAGUAGUCAACAUAGUAGUAUUGUUACAAAAGAAGAAAUUAUCAAUAGUUCUAUUGAUCAACAUUCUAGACCUCAACAAAUGGAUUGCCAUUUUGCAAACCCUGUUCAACAAAAAACAAACCAAAAACUAGAAAUGCAUCACUAUCCCUCUUCCCAUGGGUAUGAAGAAUACUCAACAACUGUUGAUUCUGUUACAGGAUCACCAGCUUACCCACCAGUGGAAUCUCCAUAUCCUCAAACUUCUUCUGGUUAUUCACAACAACUUCAACAAAAGUUAACUAAUAACCAAGAUUUAACUGCUAAAAGUUUAUCUGGUUUAGAAUCUUUAGUUGAACAAAUUCCUAGCAUGAAUGAUAAUGAUGUUCAGCAUGGUGUUCAUCUACAUCAUCAUCAUCAUCAAUAUAUAGAUGAAACUAAUACAGGUUAUAUGACAAAUGAUUAUUCAUGUUCACCAACUAUGAAUUAUUCGUAUUCAUCUCCAACUCCUUGUGCACCACAACAAAAUAUGAACAAUUUUUCUGUUAGCUCAUUAACUAAUGGAAAUAACCACCAUCAGCAUUCGCCCAUGUCUCAAUCAUCAACGUUUUCAGUUUCUAAUCUUGCAUCUUCAAAUUACCCACCCCCAUCUCCAAUGCAUUAUAACCAUCAUCACUCUAAUGGUGUUAUGAUGGAUAUGGAUCGCUUACAACAACAUCAAUAUCAACCACAGUAUAACCAAUAUCCUAGUUCAAUGCAGUAUAAUGGAGGUUUAGGACCCCCAAACAAUGUAUCCGGAGGGUAUUCCAAUUCUCAUAACAUACAUAUGCCCACACCCAAUUUCCCAUAUCCACCACAGACAGCUAUGACAUAUGGCAAUGGUAAUAAUACAAAUAAUAUUUCAUCUUAUAAUCAAUCUAAUGGUGGAUAUUUAUCUCAACGUAUGGAUAUAGGUUAUGGUGGUAACUAUUAAUUGUGGGGAAAUGUUUAACAAGACUGCAAUAUUUUUUUUUUUUUAUCCAUUGCAUGGGAAAAUCUUUGAUCUAUAUUAUGUAUAUAUUAAAUUAUAUUUUAUUCAGGCACUGAAUCAUUGAUUGAUUUAAAACUAUACAAACUAGUUUCGAUUUUUUCACUCCUAGUGUUGCUCUUGUUCACUUCUGUAAUUUGAUUUCAUGGUAAUAACUAUGAUUGUGUAUAUAUUUUCAUUAUUUUUAUUUUGUUUUUUUUUAUUAUUAUUACUGCUAAAACUCAGUGUAAUAAACCAAGUUACCAUUGACUAUCUGAAUUAUAUUAUUUAUCAAAAUUGGCACCAAAUUAAUAAUUUGUCUUUUAUAAAAUCUUUACCUCUAAAUAACCCGCUAUUUAUAUGACCGUAAAUAUUACCUUAUUUGUAAAAUUACAUAAUUUCUCAAUUAACUAUACUUUACUCGAAUUUCGAUAAUUGUUGUCUUUUUGCUCAACCAUUAUAAUUGUUAUGUUGAAAAAGUAAUUCAAUAUACUUUCAUGUUACCAAUAUUUACCCCUAUUUUUUUGUAAAUGCUUUUUUUUUAUUAAUGGUUAAUGGGUUCCUACAUUGGGUUGAUAAAUAUUUUUGAAAAGAGAACUUAUUGUGAAUGUGUUACAUUUUCUGGGCAUGUGCAAUUUAAUCAGUUACCUUAGUUCAUUAUAUUAAAUAACUAUGGACCAUUAAAUUUAUAAUUUGUAAUAGUUAUAUGUUAUUUUUAUGGCAUAUGAUAUCAAUGAAUUCAGAACUGAAAUUGGGGAAUAAAAAUGUUUUCUAAAGGCACCUUGAUUAUUUUUAAUUUAUAAAAUUUAUAAACUUCUUAACAGAUUUAUUUUCUAUGAAUUUUGUUGUAUUCAAUUUUAAAGUUCAUAGUACCUCAAACUAGAUUAAUUAAAAAAAAUGGCUAUUAUAAAUUUACAAUUCUUCCUUUCAACAAUAAACAUAACAUGUGUUAGAAAAUUUAUAAUUUUAAACUAAGAAAUUUUUCAUUUAUAUGUUUGUAAAAUACUUGAAAUUGUUAACAAUCACACAAAAAUUCUCAACCCAUUGCAUAUCUUAUUACUUUUCUCAUUUAUUAAUUAUUUAUUUUUUCUGAUUUUAUUAAAAUUUGCUUUAAAUAUCUUGUAAAAUCUAUUUAAUAUGUAUAUUAAACAUAUAAAAACAAAGUGAAGACGUUGAUGAUUUUGAAUUAUAAUACCAAAACUUAAAAUCACUUGAUAAAAUAAUUUUUUCUUUUUUAUUGUAACAAAAGUAAUAGAAUGUUAAAUAUAAUAAUUAAAACUUAUUGUUUAAAUUACUGUAAAAUUUAAUGAAUAUAAACAUAAACUAAUUUAAAUAUAGCCAGUUUAAGUUUAUUAGAGGAUUUUUGUUAUUAUUACACAUCUUACAAAAAAGAAAGAGAAUUAGUAAUUUAAAAGCAUACACUUGAUCAUUUAUUUGUGUCUAUUCACCUUAUUCAGUUUAUUGAUUCUAUUGCAAUACCUAUAAAAGGCAAUCCAAGAUGUAAUAAAAAUUCAUGUUACUGUAUUUAUUUUAAAUUAAAAAUUAGAAUUUUUUUUUUUUUUAAUUGAUUCUAGUUACUUUUUAAUUUUAAUUAUGAAAUUUAGUAUUUUCAACACUAAACAUUUUUUUUCUUAUACUUAUAUGGUGGUUAUACAAUAAUUUAGUUGAAGAUCAUAAAACACAAUUAUUUUUUUAAACUAGAACAAUACGUGCCAAAAUAUAUUGUAUUAACGUAAAACUAUAAUGUAGUUUGGCUCAAAUUUGUUCCUUGUUUUUUUUUUUUUUUUUUGUGUGUGUGCAUGUGUAAUUUGUUUUCAUGUAUAGUUUUAAUAUAUUUUUUCUUGUUAUCGUUUUUAUUAAUCAAUAAUGCUAAUGGAUAAAAUCAUACUUUUUUGUGAAAAUUGUUAAUGUUAAUGAAAAUGUUUCAUUAGUUUUAUUGUUGACAUAACUUUUUUAAUUCAAAUUUUGUUAGUUUAUAUCUUUUUAUACAGUAUACGAUUUAUCUAUCAUGUUUAAUUGUAUAGAUAAAUAAUUUUUUUUGUUAUUUAUGCUGUAAUAAAAACUGGUAACUAUGGCAAUAACUUAAGUGACUCAAAUAUUGCUAUAGAUUUUUUUUUUUUAGAUAUUCCCACUGGUUUUAUUUUAUUCAAUAAGUAUACGUAAAGAUAUAGACUGAUUGAACAACAAAAUUUUGUUCUUUUAGGCUGUCUCAAUAAUUUAAAUGUGAAAUCAUAAGUCAUUAUGAAUUCAUAAUCGUUUUAAUUGAUCUAAAAUUGUGAUAUGAUUAAGUUUUAACAGACUUGUAUUUAGUAGAAACUAAAGACUAAUAUUGUAUAAACUAAGAUCAACAAAAACAUAUUGCAUAUUAAUUAAAAAUUUUAUUAAGAUAGUUAUAAAGAUAAAUGUAUUAAUUUCCUUUGAAAAAUGUUUUACGUUUUUACUGAGUACAAUACCAAGUGACUAGAGUAGUAUAACAUUAAAAAUGUAUAAAUUUAAAUUAUUUGGAUAUUGUCUAUGCAAAUCUUUGUUUUUUUUUUUUUUUUUGUAGUUCAAUAAAUAAUAAUUUUUGAUAAUAUUAAAAAACUCAAAAUUAAUUUGUAUUAAAUAAAUUAAAAUUAAGGGAGAAAUAAAUGUAUAUUACAGUUACAAUUUAUUAUUUAUAUAAAAUUUGUUAUUUAGUUACUUUCUUUGUUUUAUGGAACUCUAAUUUUUUUUUAAUCAAAUGUACAUUGUAUGUAAUAUACAAACAAUACAAGGUGCAUUUUGAAUUUUAUUUCAGUUUUGAAAUGUAUCUUAGUAUUAAUGUGAAUAUUUUUGGAUAAAUUGUACUGUUAAUUAGUUAAUACAACUAUAAGGACAAUGUACGUCUUAGUUCUAUUUAUGUGAAAUUAUAUUUAUACAUAUUACAAUUGUCGUUUAACUUAAUUAUUUUUUGUGGAUUUCAAUUGGUAAAAAAUAUAUAUAUAUAUAUAUAUAAAUUAUG